GGUCAAGUACGCUGACCGGGACUACUGUGUCACCGUGGGAACGUCAGCAGUGCACAAGAUGUACCACGAGUGGCACGAGCUGGUGGUCAGGCUUGACGUGUGGCACCUCAUGCGACGCUUCGCGAGGGGUGUCACCACAGACCGCCACCAGCUCUAUGGCCUCUUCAUGGUGAGGAUUUCCUUCGCCAUUUUCGAGUGGGACGACGAGGACGUCGCCCGCCUGAGAGAGGCCAAGCAGUCUGUGGAGGGAAAGGACGCCCACAUCAAACUGUCAGCCAAGGAGCUCGCUCGCCAUUGUCGCCGCCAUGCGGGACACCUUCUGGAAGCUGACGGACACCACGGGCGUCCCAUUGAUCGACUGCUCCACUGCAUGGAGGAGAUCUGGAGCAUACAGCGCCGCUACCUCGACUGCAUCCACGACCCAGAGGGGGUGGAGCUGUACACCCAGACGGGAGAGGUCACCAAGGGUGGUGUGAUGCUUCCCGUCUUCAGGUGUGCUCGAGGCUCCACUUCCCUGGAGUCUUUCCACCUGCACAAGUGCCGCUUCAUACCAGGUGCAUCUGUGAGUGAUGUCCACUUCCAGGUGUACCUGCUGGAGGGCCUGGUGUGGUGGAACGAGGACCGUGGCAGAGCGGCAGUCGAGGGAGGACUACGAGCAGUGCUGCGUUGCUACAGUGCCCAACUGCAGCACCGCUUCAACCAACACCCUACAAUUAAGUGGUGGCACAACCAGAGGAGCAAGGCGAUGAUAAGGGACACCAUCGCCAUCGCAGUCUGCCGCGCACACAGCCACGAGGGCAAGACGCUCGCCGGGGUCCGCAUCAACCGCUGGGGUGCCGUCAUGAGGGACUACAAACAGAUCCAGGACAACGUGGUCAACUGACCUGCCCUCAUGGCGAGCACCCGGAUCCAGCUGUUUGAUGUUAAUCAGCGGACCCUGUCGAUGUGGCACAACCAGAGGAGCAAGGCGAUGAUGUGGGACACCAUUACCAUUGCAGUCCCAGGGCCCAGCGCUCCCCAGACUGCAGCGGAGCGCCUGCCUGCCCCAACAGCCAGACCACCCCCCUCCAGCACCGCCUGCCCGCAGACGCCUCUGGUCUGGCCCCUGAGCUGUACGUCAUCGCCGCCCUCCAAAGUGCCACAUCCUCCUCCUCCGCAAUGGACACCAUCUCGUCCACCAGUGGCACGCCGGCUCCCUCGACCAGCACCGCUGCAGCCACCGUUCCACCCAUCGCUGGAGCCAUCCCCCGCUCUACUGCCUGGAGACACAAGAAUGGCUCCUCCUCAAGCCCUUCAAAAAGGUCUCCCGAUUCCAAUGCAGGAAUGUAGGCACUGUGGCCAGCCUAAGACCAGGGAGUACGGCCACAGCCGCUACAAACGGGAGACCUUUUGCGCCCGGGCCGACAGGGCAACAGUGGCUCCAAGAACUAAAGCGGCGAGAGCGCGAGGGGCCACUCCCACCAC